CUCGCCACGGACGUUAUCAACAAAAGCAAGUUACGUGAAGUGGCCUCGCGAGGUUUGUCGGAAUCGUCGCCAUUAAGGCCAUUGGUCUGGAGACUUCUUCUCGAAUACCUUCCGUCUGAUCGUAGGGAGUGGGUCUCUCACGUGCGCUGUCAAAGGGCUCUUUACCAUCAGUUUGUUCGAGAGUUCACCAUUUGUGAGUCCGGCCACUCAAUUUGGGCGCAAGCAGACCACGAAGUCGCGAGUCGAGCUUCUGUUGUGAUGGAUAUCUACCAAGGACCGAUGACUACGCAUCAAUCCUCCAUGUGGACUCAAAAGCAGCACGAUUAUGUUUUGAGAAAAGAAAUACAUAAAGACAUCAUGAGAACACACCCUGAUCACCAUUUUUUUGAGGGAGGCACCCUUCGGCGGCAGUCGAUGGAGCGGAUUCUGUUCAUCUACGCAAAGCUCAACCCAGGAGUGCGCUAUGUCCAAGGAAUGAACGAGGUCCUUGGCACAAUCUUCUAUGUACUCGCAUCUGACUCAAAUGAGGAAUGGGGAGCAAAUGCAGAACCAGACGCCUUCUUUUGCUUCACUAAUAUUAUGGCAGAGAUGCGGGAUGUAUAUAUCCAUUCAUUAGACAACUCAGACGCCGGUUUAAGCGGCAAAAUGAGUAGACUAAAUGCAUUGCUUCAACAGCAUGAUCCUGAGCUAUGGCGACAUUUGGAUAAAAAUCAGCUAGAUCCAUCUUACUACUCCCUGCGGUGGAUCACGACGCUGCUGGCACGAGAAUUCACGCUCAUUGACACAAUCAGGUUGUGGGAUACGAUACUUUCUGAAAUAUCACGUGUUGAUUUCCUAUGCCACUUCUGCUUGACAAUGAUUCUUGCACAGCGAGAAACACUGCUUGCAGGUGAUUUCAGCUUUUGCUUGUAUCUUCUCCAAAAUUAUCCUGCCAGCGACCCAAACGUACUCUUGAAACAGACACAUAUACUUCAGCGACCUAAUGCAAAUGACUACAGGCUCAUAUCAAAUACGUGGUGGACCUGA